UGCCAAUGCCUUUACUAGUGAUAAAACUAUCUGUAAUACUGAUAGGCGCACACUCAAAACAAUAAAUGCACUCAUCCCAACACUAAGCAAUUUUGCGCACGUGUAGGUUUUUGUUUUGGUGGGGGGGUUUAACCACCGGUUGGUACAUUUAAAUUUUAGCUGUGUUUCAUCAUCCACAAACGUGUCAACGUCUUGGCUCUCUGAAGUAUCUCUGAAAUUUAAAUCACAAAUUUUACAACAAUGUGUGGAAUUUGGGCACUCUUUGGAAUUGAGUGCAACAUGCUGAAGUAUUGCGGAACUUCGUUCCCGAAAAUUACACACAGGGGGCCGGAUGCAUGGAGAAUUGAAUACGACAAUAAUAUCAAGAACUGCGGCGUUGGUUUUCAUCGCUUAGCGAUUGUCGAUACCACCUACGGAAUGCAACCACUCAAACUGCACCAAUACCCACAUUCGGCUUUAAUCUGCAAUGGGGAAUUAUACAACUGCAUGAAGCUUAAAGAAGAGCACGGCUUCGACUACGAAACAAACUGCGAUGUGGAAUGCGUCUUCCACCUGUACCAAAAAUUUGGAAUUGAAAAGUGCGUAAGAAGUCUCGAUGGUGUCUUUGCGUUCUGUUUGAUUGAUGUACCCAACCGGAAAGUACUACUCGCCAGGGAUCCAUAUGGCGUUCGGCCUUUGUUUAGAGUGUUCACCAACGGUGGUGUUUUGGGCAUAUGCUCAGAAGCCAAAGGUAUAGCGUCAAUUUCCCAGCAGACGAAUGGCGACGAAUGGUCCCUCGAGCCAUUCCCACCAGGUACCUUUGAAGAGUAUCAGCUACUCGAUGAUGGUAAAGCAAAAUUUAUUAGACGGGAAAAGUUUCACGGACCAGGAGACCGUCCCACUUUCAAACCGUUCUUGCCAUACGAAGAUUUAACAAACGAUCACCUCGCGAAUAUCCGAUCACUGUUCACUACGGCAAUUAGAAAACGUCUAAUGGCACAAAGACGGAUUGGGUGUCUACUCUCAGGAGGUUUGGAUUCGUCCUUGGUCGCUUCUAUUUUAGUUAAAGAGGCGCGUGCCGCCAACCUCCCGUAUAAAGUGCAAUCAUUUUCCGUGGGCAUGGGUGACAGCCCCGACAUUAAAGCCGCCAGAGAGGUAGCGAAGUUCAUCGGCACAGAGCACCACGAGGUGAUAUUCACGGAGGAGGAUGUAAGCAACGUUUUAGACGAUGUCAUCUACCACCUGGAAACCCCAGAUAUUACAACAAUCCGGGCAUCAGUGGGCAUGUACAUUGUUGCCAAAUACAUACAGGAAAAUACAAACACAACCGUUAUAUUCAGUGGAGAAGGUGCUGAUGAACUUUGCCAAGGCUACAUUUACUUCAGAGACGCGCCAAGCUCAGACGAAGCUCACGAGGAGAGCUUGCGGUUGUUACGCGAAAUCUACCUCUUUGAUGGCUUACGAGCCGACCGCACAACUGCAGCUCACAGCCUGGAACUUCGAGUGCCUUUCCUUGAUCUACAAUUUACAAACUACUUCCUCAGCCUGCCCAAAGAAACUAGGCAACCUAAAAACAUGAAGUUAGAAAAGUACCUUCUAAGGUACGCAUUUAAUGACACUGGAGUAUUACCGGAUCACAUACUGUGGAGGCACAAGGAGGCCUUCAGCGACGGUGUAACCUCCCAUAAGAAAUCCUUAUUUACAAUUUUGCAAGAGAUUAUCGAUAAACGAAUGCCCGAGGUGUUUGAUGCGGCGGUUGCUGAACAGAAGUAUCCGCACUGUACGCCGAAGUCGAAAGAAGCGUUUUACUAUCGGGAGGUAUUUGAAAAACAUUAUCCGAAAUUGGCUGAGAAGUUUAUUCCGUUCUUUUGGAUGCCGCGGUGGAUAGAAUCGCAGGAUCCAUCAGCUAGAUUUAUUAACCAUUACGCAGCCGACAAGGAGAGCGAUAAGGAAAUUACGCACGGUUAAUUAAGUAGUUAAUUAUGUAGGUCAAGAUGAAUAUUUUUACAUUAUCUGUAAGUUAUUUAUUACAUAAAAAUAUUUGGAUACACAUAAAAA